AUGCCGAGCUUUGGAAGAAGCCGGUCUAGCUACGAUGUCGCCGCCAAGGAGCAGAAGCAGAUCCUCGCAGACAUCAGCGCGGGCUCUCAAAAGUUUGGCAGAAAGCUCCUUGCCAAACCUUCCAGUCACAAGCGCGGCAAGAGCUCCGAGACCAUCACCCCAGUGACCGUCCUCACUCCCGAACAAGACCAGAAGGACGAACGACGAGGCCGCCUGUCGACUUCUUCAUCCCGCCCUAAGCUGCUGCCCAAACGUACCAGCAGUAUGCGGAGAGCUUACAACUACUUCUUCGGGUCCCCCGAGGCCCCGCCUUCACCCACCACUGCCCCUGUCUCUACCGCGAAGCCUGAAAAUGGAGUCGCGGGUCCUGACACCCCGCCCGAGACGCCUGCUGCUCGCGACCGACCUAUGUCGUUUGAAGCCGACCGCACCUCCGACAAAGCCCCCUCCAUAAAGGAAACCGACACUCCCCAAGUCAAGGUCGAAAAGCUCCUCCUCAAGCUCUCCAAAGCCGAAGCCGAGCGCGACGAAGCCAACCGCGUCGUCGCCAAGCAAGACGAAACCAUCACCGGCAUCCAGGAGGAGUACCGCGAGAAGGAGCGUGAAUUCCACGAGCGCGAGGCCACCCUCAAGCAGGACAAGGCCGCUCUCGAGGAGCACAUGGUCAGCGUCGUGGUGCAGCAGGUGCACGAGGCAAAAGCCAAGGAAAGGUCCAUCGUGCGCGAGCAGUGUGAGCAGGAGUUUCACGGCAAGUUGGCCGAGGCAACCCAGAGGUACGAGGCGAGGAUGAAGGAAGUAGAAGGGGAGAUUGAGCAGUACAAAGCUACGAUUAGUGAGCUGCAGAAGGAAAUCGAGGCGCUCAAGGCUGAGAAGGAGGGUCUGGUGCCCAAGGCCGAGCUGGCUGACAAGGAAAAAUCUAUUGCCGCUCUCACCGAGGAGAAGGAUGCUGCCGAGAAGGCUUUGAGCGAGGCCAAAGCUGAGCUGGAAUCCCUACGCGAAGCUAGCGCCAAGCUCGACGCCGCACAGUCGGAGUUGGCCGACAAGACUAGCCAGGUCGAGCAGCUCACUUCGGAGAAGACGGCCAUCCAGGACGAGCUGUCCUCCCUUCAGAAGCAGCUCGAUGAAGAGAAGGCUAGCAGCGCUGGGGCUUCCGAUAAGCUUGCUCAGCUGACUGAGAGCUCCAAGACCGAGAGCGAACGCCUUGCCGCAAGAAUAUCCGAGCUUGAAUCGUCAUUGGAAGCCAAGGAGAAGGAGGUCUCCGACGCAAAGACUGAGGCCGACUCUCUGAGGACAAAGGUCUCUUCGCUGGAAAGCGAGCUCGAGAGUUCCCAGGACGAGCUCAACAACGCUACUGUUGCGGCCGCUAGCGUCGAGAAGAAAGUAGUCGAACUUGAGAAGAAGCUGGAGACCCAGGAGAGCGAGCUCGCCAGUGAGAGGGAACAGGCCCAGAAGAAUCUCGACGCGGAGAAGCAAAAGGUUGAGGAGCUUACCGCCAAGACCUCUGAACUCGAAAAGUCUCUGUCCGAGAAAGCUGCUGAGCUUGAGAAGGUCCAGUACGAACUUGCCACGCUCACCGAUUCCACCAAGGGUGAGACUGAAGGCCUUGCGGCGCAAAUCGCUGAGCUCAAGAGCACCCUGGAGACAAAGGAAAAGGAUCUCGCCAGCCAGAAGGACGAGUUGAUCAAGGCUGUAGAUGAACUGAACGCCAAGAUCGCAGAGCUGGAAGAGUCCCUCAAGACCAAGGAAGCAGAGCUCUCCGCCAAGGACGAGUCUCUCAAGCAAGCAGAGUCCGUGAAGGAGGAAGCUGAAGGACUGAAGGCGAAGAUCAGCGAGCUCGAAGCUAGCCUGAAAGCCAAAGAGGAGGAGAUCGCCAAGUCUGCUGAGGCGGCCAAGGGUGAUGCGGAAGGCCUGGCGGCCAAGAUCUCUGAGUUGGAGCAGUCUCUCAGUCAGAGCAAGGAAGAGCUGGAGAAGAAGUCUGCCGAGGUCGCUGAGAAGGAGGAAGCUCUCAAGGCUGCUGAAUCUGCCAAGGGCGCUGCCGACGCGUUGAACACCAAGAUCUCCGAGCUCCAGACCCAGGUUGACAGUCUCACUGCGCGCAACUCGGAACUUGAGUCGGAGAACAAGGAACAACUCGAGAAGGUCAACGAAGAGCUUGCCAGCACCAAGGAGCGUCUUACUGCUGCCGAAGAGGCGAAGGCUGCGGCCGAGCAAUCCCUCAACGAGAACACCUCCAGCCUCGAGGAGGCAAAGAAGAGCUCCGAUUCCCGCGUUGCUGAGCUUGAGGCUGAACUUGCGUCCUCCAAGGAAGAGGCCGGCAAGGUCGCCGAUCUCCAGGCUCAGCUGGAUGCCAACAAGUCCUCCUCUGACGAGACCGCGCAGAAGAUCGAGUCCCUCGAGAAGGAAUUGGCUGCCGCCAAGGCAGAUGCCGAGAAGGUCGCUGAUCUCCAGUCUCAGCUGGAGAAGGCUCAGGCUGCCUCUAAGGAGGCCGAGGAGAAACUCUCCGCUGUGGAGAAGGACCUGGUUACUGCCAAGGAGGAGGCUGGAAAGGUCGCGGAUCUGGAGGCUAGGGUUGCUUCCGCAGAGGCUUCAUUCACCGAGAGAACGGAGAAGAUUGCGGCGUUCCAGAAGGAACUUGAAGCCGUCAAGGAAGAAGCUGCCAAGGUCGCUGAGCUCCAAAGUCAGAUUGAGGCUGCCAAGGCUUCAUCGUCUGAGAGCGAGGAGAAGGUCGCUUCACUGGAAAAGGAGCUGGCUGCUGCAAAGGAGGAGGCAAACAAGGUUGCGGAACUGCAGAGCCAGCUUGACGCCGCCAAGUCUUCUUCAUCUGAAGGUGAGGAGAAGGUCGCUUCCCUGGAAAAGGAGUUGGUCGCUGCCAAGGAGGAGGCAAACAAGGUUGCUGAGCUUCAGAGUAAACUCGAUGCUGUUGAAGCUGAGGCUGCCAAGGCAAAGGAGGCUGGUGGCAAGGUUGAGGAGCUGCAGAAGAGCCUGGAGACUGCCGAAUCCGAGAAGGCCAACCUCACCAAGGAGCUGGAGUCUGCUAAGGAGGAAGCGGCCAAGGUAUCGGAACUUCAGACGAAGCUUGAUGCUGCGGAAGGUGACCUCACGAAAGCGAAGGAGGCUGGUGCCAAGGUCGAAGAACUGCAGAAGAGCUUGGAGACCGUUGAAUCCGAGAAGGCGGAUUUGGCUAAGCAGCUCGAGUCCGCCAAGGAAGCAGAGACCAAGGUCGCGGACCUCCAGACCCAGCUCCAGGCCGCGCAGGCUGAGGCCAAAGCUGCGGCGUCCAAGGUUGACGAGCUUGAAGCUGCCAGCGCCGCCAAGGCUGAGCUUGAGGGCGAGAUUUCCAAAUUGAAGGAGGAGCUAGAAACCGCGAAAAAUGGCGCUUCCGACAACGCAUCCAAGAUCGAAGAGCUGGAAGCUAAGCUCAAGACUGCUCAGACCGAGGCACAGGAAGCUUCUGCUAAAGUGGAGGGGCUCCAGGCGGCGGAAACGGCGAAGGCGGACCUGGAGAAGAAGGUCGAGGAGUUGAAUGAGAAGCUCUCAGCCGCAGAGUCUCAGGCCAAGGACGCUAGCGCCCAGGUUGACGAACUCAAGGCUGCGGUCGACAAGUCGAAGACGGAACAGGAGGAAACGGUCUCCAACCUCCAGGCCAAGCUCGACGCCGCUUCCAAGGCUGAGGAGGAACUUAAAGCCGCACAAGCCGCGAAGGAGGAGGCGCAGAAGGAGGUGGAUGCGCUAAAGGAGAAGGUUGCAGAGACGGAGGCGCAGCAGAAGACGCUGGAGGAGAAGAUUUCUGAGAUUACGAAGAGUAGCGUUGAGAAGGUCAUGGAGGCUAAGAAGAGGCAAGCCGCCGCCGAGAAGGAGCUUGAUGCGGCCAAGGAGGAGGCGAAGAAGUUGGAGGAGAAACUGAAGGAGGUGGAAGCCAAAGAGAAUGGAGCGGUGAAUGGGGAUGAGGCGAAGGAGGCGGCCUAG